GUUUUGGUUAUAUAUAAUAGACACAGUAGACACCUCAAUUUCACAAUUCACACCACACACGCAAACAAAUCACAGCUCUCUGUUUUAUUUCUUUCUGAAAGUAAAACUAACCAUGGCUGAUCACAACAACACUCCUCCCUUUGACCUAACGAAACUCGACCAUUACAUCAAAUACCAACCACGAGAAGAAGCUGAAGAUUUUUUUGUUCAUGUCGAGGUCAAGGUUCUCGGAAAAGGAUCUUCUCCGUUAGAGAUCUCCUUCUCAACUUCGGUCUAUGAAUUCGUCUGGGAAGACGAAGAUUGUUAUGAGUUAGUUGAACUCUACGAAUUCUUUACCGAGGAUGCUGGAAUAGAUGCAUUCGAGGCUCAGUUCUUGGUCAAUGACUUGAUUUUGUACGUUAAUAAGACGACACGACCGCUUGAUGAGGACUUCACUGGAGUUUUCAAGUUGAUGGCCGAAGUUACGUUAAAACCGGUCCAGCUUAACCAUGCCGGUUCACAGAAAACCGAAUCCCAACAACCGUAGGGCUUGUUACUUGGAAGAAAAUCAUAGACUUUUAGUUUUAUGUUUUUCCUUUUUUUUCAACCAAAAAAAUUUGGAUUUGUCUUUUCAAUUCGAUUAAAGAUAUCUCUGAGCUUCAAAUUGUGUUAACCCUAAUAAUAAAAAGUAUUUCGUAAAGCAGAGGCA